UGAGACUUCCUCAGGGAGGGUGUCACAGAGUCACGCACACUUUGCUGUGCCGACGGCAGUGCCCACAGCAGACAGAGGGCUCAGCAGCACAGAAGCCCCCACCAGAGCUCCAGAGCAUCAAAAUGGGGCAGAGCUUCUGGGAGCAGCUCCAUCUGGCUCUCACCCUCCUUCUCCUGAAUCUGGGGUCUGCUGUGACCGGAGAUGCCCAUCACAGCUGCUAUGGGGUUCCAGGCCUGCCAGGCAUGCCAGGUCUGCCGGGCAAGGAUGGCCGGGAUGGGCUGAAGGGAGCCAAAGGCGAGCCAGGAAUCCCGGCCACUCCUGCAACACGAGGGCCCAAGGGCAUGAAAGGGGAACCAGGCAGCCCUGGUUUGCCAGGGAAGACUGGCCCCAUGGGUCCCCCUGGUGCCCCUGGAGACCCUGGAAGCCCUGGUAUGGCUGGAGAGCCAGGAAUGCCAGGCAGCUACAAGCAGAAGCACCAGUCAGCAUUUUCAGUGACGAGGCAGACUGGUGAGCACCCCUUGAGGAACAUCCCCGUGGUGUUCAACCAUGUCAUCACCAACACCAACCACGACUACAACACCACCACGGGCAAGUUCACCUGCAGGAUCCCCGGCCUCUACUACUUUGUGUUCCACACCUCGCAAACAGCCAACCUCUGUGUCAUUCUGUACAAGGAUGAGAUCAAGAUGGCCAGCUUUUGUGACCACAAGACCAACACCAUGCAGGUCAGCUCUGGUGGGAUCCUCCUCCAUCUGGACACUGGGAACCAGGUCUGGCUGACAGUGAAUGACUACAAUGGCAUGGUGGGCAUCGGCAACUCUGACAGCAUCUUCUCUGGGUUCCUGCUUUUCCCAGACUAGAGGACCACCAGAGCCCACCCCAGCGUGCUGACCUCUUCACCCUGCCCUGCAAACACUGCUGCUUGUGCCAGGCUGUUGCUGAUGCUCCAGGUUUCUCUGCUGGAUGGGAAGCCCCAGUGAAGAGGUCAGCCCUAGCCACCAGGCACAAUGACCUGGCCUGGGGACUGAGCUCGGGUGGCAACUGAGGGGAAACAGGCACAUCUGGGUGCAUCUGCACCCAGAGUGUGGUGCCAAGCCCAAAGGGUGCUGCUGCCACUGCCAUGUGCUUCAACCCUGAGUACCCCAUAUCACCUGAGCCAGAGGUCUCUCUGCAGCUUUCCCCUUCCCACCAGGGACAGCCAUGUGUCUUGGAGCAGGUUUGCAGGAGCACCUUUACCAUGCUGUGGAAAGUGUCAAUAAAACUUUCCCCAGUGCA